AUGACCUCCGCACAGAGUGACAAAACAACGGCCUCGUUGUCGCCUCUGCUGUUAAGGAAUGACAUGAAGGGAAUGGCUGGAGAUGUGAAAUCUGUUAAGCUUCUGGGAUCGGGCGAUCUCGUUAAAGAGGUUUAUCGUCAACAACAGGCGAAGAACCUACUCGGAAUAACCAGUUUUGGGGGCAUCGGUGUCAGUGUGAAACCACACUCAUCACUUAAUUGCAGCAAGGGGGUAACUAGGUGCCCAGUCUUGCGCACUGACACCGAUGACGACAUACUUGCAUAUUUCCAGGAGGAGAGCGUCCCGUUCUCCAAGGUGAGACGGAUGUGGACCAGAAAGAACAAAGACAAAAUACGAACAAACACCUUCAUCAUUCCAUUCUCAUCACCAAAACUACCCCAAACACUAACGAUCGGAUAUCAGAUGUACAACGUUUCCGUCUACAUCACAAAUCCAUUGCGAUGUCGAAACUGUCAGAAGUACGGUCAUCACGAAAAGCGAUGUAGACGGAAAACGGUCUGCCAGUAUUGUGGCCGUGAGGGUAACACCGAACAAAGUGACUGUGACAUCGCCAACCUCCGCUGUGGCAACUGGGAGGGGAAGCACGCUGCCUCUUCACGAGACUGCCCUACCUGGAACCGAGAGAGAGAGAUAUAUUACGGGUUAAAUAUACCCGAGGUGUCUCUUUCCCCGAGGCCAGGAGAAUAG